CUUAUUCUCAACCUUUGUUGAAUUUUGGAUUUUAUUUCGAUUUUUUUGUGUUAGUGAUGCUUUGUGAUAUAUGUAAGCUAUAAUAUAGGAUUUCGUUCUAUCAACUUAAGGAACCACCAGUUUAAAAGCAAUAAAAUAUGAAUCCCUGUACUCAACCAGAAGUUCCAGUUGAUGAUGGGGAUCACAGGUGGAUGAGUCAACAUUUGUGUCAUAUUGCUCAAACUAAAGAAAGAGAGCCAGAUGUACUCUUCAUCGGUGACUCAUUGAUACAUCAUCUGCAGUACCGUUCUGUUUGGACGGAACUCUAUGAACCACUACACUGCUUAAAUUUUGGUAUUUCUGGCGAUAAAAUACAGAAUGUUUUAUGGAGGAUUCUUAAUGGAGAACUCAACAACAUUAAUCCAAAGGUUGUUGUAUUGCUUGUUGGAACAAACAAUAUUCACAAUACUCCAGAAGAAAUAUGUGAAGGAAUACUUUGUAUUGUAAGUGCGAUUCGAGAAAAACUUCCUACCUCUUAUAUUGUUGUAAUUGAGCUUUUGCCUCGAGGAAGAAAUCCAAACCCUAUUAGAGAUCACUCUAAUAAAGUAAAUCAGAUUCUUAGGACAAAAAUAUCUAAUUUGUCAAAAAUUGAAACUGUAUCAGCAAGUAAGGGACUCGUUCAAACAGAUGGUACCAUCUCACAUCAUGAUAUGCCAGACUUCUUGCACUUAUCUGAUGCUGGAUAUCGUAAAGCUUUUGAAUCUGUGUAUGAACUUUUAAAUCAACUUCUGUUUGAAAAUGAAAAAGAACAGGAUCUAACUCCAUCAGAAUAAAGCUUAUUGUUUCAACAUUUACAUGUAAUAUGUAAUUUAAUCUGUAACUGGCAUUGUAAAACGCACAGAACUUGAAUAUCUUAUCGAGAUGGGAGAAGAUUUGUGAAUCCUAUAUUAUUUCUUCUUUUUUUUUUAAGAAGCAUUUUUUUUACUACUUUAAAGAACAUGAUCAAUUUAAUUGUAACCACAUUAGUAUACCAGUAUUAGUAUCCAAUUGUAAACCACAUUCUAUGAAUGAAAAUAAUUGUUUUGUUUUUUUAUCAAUUUGUAACUUGAUUUUUUUUUUGUCUAACAUAAAUUGAAAAAAAUAGUUGAUUAAUCCUGUUAGGAUUUGGUGGUUUUUUAGAAAUACAAUUUACAAAGUAUUUUUUAUUGAAAUGGCAUAGAUAUGCUCAAAGCAUGUUGAUACAGUACAUGCUUUGUUCUAGUGCUAAGCUUUAUGUGCUACUACAGUUUUUUAUAAUAUCUGUGAUAAUUGCUAAUUAUAAAUAUUGAUGUAUUUUACUAUGAAUUUCACAAAACAAAGCUCACAGGAAUAUAUGAUAAUGUUUGCUAUGUGAGAGUGUGAAUGUUUUGUCAUUUCAUUUUUUUUUUUUUUUACAGUUCUAUAUUGCUCAAUAUUACAUUUGAAAUAAAUAAACAAAAAUGAUUUGUGUGUGUGUUAUAUGCACACACAUAUAUAUUGCAUAGUGUGUUUGUGUGUGUGUGGUGUAUUUAUGUAUGUACAUAUAUAUGCAUUGUAUAUUGGAUGGUCAACUUCACAGAUAUUGUAUGAUGUAAUAAUGUUACUUAGGGUUGAAAGCUGGGAAAAUGUCUAAUCCAGUUCUGCAGAAAUGAAGUGGAUUUCAAACACAAAUAGUUGGUUUAUUGUAAUAAAUCACUAAGUACACUUUCAAUUACAUAUUACUGAAUUUUGAUCAUAUUUAUUGAUGCAAAAAAGCAUUUUUUUUCUUUCUAUAGUAGUUAUAUAAAGUACACAUGUUUUGAAUUAUGAAAUUACUUUGUAGUUUAAUUUUAAAAUGGUACUUAAUGAUUUAUUUUUUUUUUUUUUU